UAAGGUUUUAUUUUGAAAGAAAACAACGGAAAUCAUUUUAAUAGUAUUCUGUCGUGCUUCACACACACACACACACACUCUCACUCCUUGAGGCUGGACGCCUGUCAGCGCACAGAAGAUGGUGGCAGCUGCCGCCACUGUGUUACCCGCCGCGCCUGGAGAGCGGUGCGCACAACGUUUCGCUCCGGGGUCGACGCUGCCGAGGCGCACGGAAAACAGUCAGAUUAGUGUUGAGACAAAAUCCAUGACACUGUGGACGUUGCAGGGAAUAAGAAAAAAAAAUCAGGUUGGACAAUGCAGCAGCCAUAACCCAUCAUAUUAGUCUCGGAUCAGAGGGGCAGUCUAUUUGGAGGUAUGAAGAUUUUUUCCCCCUCUUGUGUGAUUCAAUGAAAGUGGCUGGAUCAAGGUAGCACUCUGCUCGGACCCGUGGGACUGUGGUGUGGGGGGGCGUGCAGCGGAGCCGGAGACCAUUCAAUUAGUCUUCGUCUUCCAUUUAGAGGUGGACCAAGCUGCCCAGGGCAAACUUUAUUCCGGAGAGAAGGGGAAGGACUGCACGACAGUUGUCUGCGCCAGGCUCCAUUCACCCCCCUCCUCAGCUGCCCGGUAGACACAGAACAUACAGAGUCACCGGCGUGGUCUGGAUAUCUGUUUGUUUUCUUUGGCGCUCACCGUGACGAUGCGUCGGCUGUGUUUGGUGCGUGCGUGGAUCCCAAAGCAAUACCGACUCAACACCGAGACGAGGCAGCCGCUUGGUGCAUGAGCCCCGGAGGAGCGCGUUUACCCGCUGACACUAAGCUCAACAAACCCAAACAUCUUGGUGUGUUUUUACGCACGGCGCCUCGUGCAUUUGUCUCCUGCAGACAUCCUCCACGAGAUCCCAAUGUGCGUUUGGAGACUGUGGACACUCCGGAGUGGAAAGCCAGGAAAGCACGGGGCUGUGUGCACGGGAACUGUUGUGAUUAGGCCCCGCAGUUAAGCAGUGUGGGGGUAUGAAUGAAAGCUUUGCUGUCAGCUAUUUUGCUCGUGUUCCCGUUAUUUGGAGUUGACCUGCGCCUUAAACAUGAAAAGUUGACUUAUACGAGCAAACAGCAGAUUGAAGUCUCCUGAAAACAAAACGCUGCAGAGGAUUUGUUUUGAACGUUUGGAAGUUUUCUUUGAGUCCUGCAAACAAGACAGUUUAUUUAACUCAACCUCCUCAAUAACCCCUUUAAAAGAUUUGUUGGCUUUUCCAGCAUUUCGUCUCCUCUUACUGCACAGUAUUUUGUAAUCCUUUUUCACAGGCUUUUUUUUCCAAUGAGUGAGACAGUGUGCAGCCGGCAGCUGAGUGGACUUGGACUGAAACAAAGCAGACAGCCAGUGAACCUUGCAGUCUCAAGUGCGUCAAACAGACAAGGACAUAGUGGAAUGCACGGAGUGACGUCAAGAGAGGCAAUAAUGAACUGCUCAAACUCUGUGGAAGGUCUGAUGGCGUUUCUGUUGCCACUUCACUGCUAACUGAGUGGAAUUUUUCUCUCAAAAGGCCUGUUUGUGCUCUAGUUUUUCACUUUUUACAUUGACCAGUCAUUGCCCUUUACUGUGACCCCAUACUUUGCCUUACUUUUUUCUAUUCUAUGUUGUCUUUGAAAGAGCAACACCCUCUGCAGAGUUUUUGAUUUUUGUAUAGGUUAAAAAGCAACAUGGCAUCCCCCCAACAUCAACAACUGCUGCCUCAAAACACAGAAGUGAGCUGUGACUCAAGUGGAGAUGGAGGCGUCUCAGUGAGGAUUGGCAGCAGUGUCCGACACAAGCACGGAGGCGGGCCGCUUGGUUCAAUUGGGGGUGGCCUCAUCGGGGGUUCCAAGCACUGCAAGUACAGCAUCUCCUCGAGUUGCAGCUCUGGGGAGUCUGGAGUCAGGAAGCCAACAGUCAGGAGCUUUCGCACGCACAAGAAGAUGCCUCAGCUUUUCGAGAGAUCUGCAGGCCAUUUCUGGGACCCAAAGUUUGACUCUUCGAUCCUGGAGGAGGCCUGCAGAGAACGGUGUUUCCCUCAGACCCAGCGACGCUUCCGCUACGUGCUCCUUUACCUGAUUGCAGUUGGCUGCCUCUGGGGCUUGUACUUUGCUGCCAACCCCUCCCGCUGUGACAGGACUGUCUUUCUCCUCCCCACUGCAUCCUUCCUCCUUUUCUGUCUCCUUCUCUUCCUCUUAACUUUCACAAAGCUCUACUCACGCUGCUACAAUCAAGCAUCUCUGCUGCUCAUCGUUGUCACAUUCAUCCUCACGCUGGCCCCCCAGAUCCAGACAUCAGGCUUCAGGGACCCAGAGACUCCCACACCUACGCUGGAUUUAGAAGAGUUCAGUGGCAUGGGGCCCACAUACAACCUGUCCCAUGACAAGCUUGUAGGAGGUGACACCUGGUCCCCCUGUUUAUCUCCUGUAGGCACCUUCUCCCUCUGUAUCGAAGUUCUUCUGUUGCUGUACAGUGUUCUUCACGUUCGCCUCUAUGCUUCUGUCCUGCUCGGCUUAUUCUACUCUGUCUUUUUUGAGAGUUUGGGCUGGCUGCACCUGACUCAGGCUGGGGCCAACUGGAGUAUUGCUUCCCAAUCAGACUGGGAUACGCUAUGUUGGCUAGGCCCAGCCAAAGCCCUGCUCCACCUCUGCGCCCACGCCAUCGGUAUCCACCUAUUCAUCAUGUCUGAGGUGCGAACGCGCAGCACCUUCCUGAAGGUGGGACAGGCUAUAAUGCAUGGUAAAGAUCUGGAGGUGGAAAAAGCCUUGAAGGAGCGAAUGAUCCACUCUGUCAUGCCCAGAAUUGUGGCUGAUGAACUGAUGAAGCAGGGUGAUGAAGAGAUGGGUGAUAAUUCAGUCAAAAGAUACUCCACCAGUGGUGCAGCAGCUGCCAUCUCCAGUCCCAAAAACAACAAACGCAAGAAAACCUCCAUCCCUCGGGGCCAGAUUAUCUUCAGACCCUUCAACAUGAAGCGGAUGGAGCCUGUGAGCAUCCUGUUUGCAGACAUAGUGGGCUUCACGAAAAUGUCUGCCAACAAAUCUGCUCAUGCCCUCGUGGGGCUUCUGAAUGACUUGUUUGGACGUUUUGAUAGACUGUGUGAGCUCACUGGCUGUGAAAAGAUAAGUACAUUAGGAGACUGUUACUACUGUGUGGCUGGUUGUCCUGAACCCAGACCGGACCACGCCUACUGCUGUGUGGAGAUGGGCCUGGGCAUGAUCCAAGCUAUUGAACAGUUUUGCCAGGAGAAGAGGGAGAUGGUGAACAUGAGGGUGGGUGUCCACACCGGCACCGUGCUGUGUGGCAUCCUGGGCAUGAAACGCUUCAAGUUUGAUGUUUGGUCAAAUGACGUCAACCUGGCCAACCUAAUGGAGCAGCUGGGAGUGGCUGGGAAGGUCCACUUAUCACAGGCCACUGCAAACUUCCUGGAUGACCGCUUCCAGCAUGAAGAUGCACAGGUCACUGAGAGGAUAGGACAGAGUGUGGUGGCUGAUCAGCUCAAAGGCCUGAAGACCUACCUGAUCUCUGCCAGGAAGAUGGAGAGUAACUCUCAGUGUAACUGCUCCCAGUUGGGGUUGGCUGGACCGGAAAAUGCAGAUCCAUGGUGUCCCAUGCCCAGAGUGCACACUCCUGAUGGAGCCCCUUCGGCCUGCUCUGUGGACCCUGACAAAGCCAAGUCUCCCUGUCUGUCCUGCAGUGUGGUCCCCAUACCAGGGGAGGAGCAGGAUUUGGAGGAAGGAGUGAUAAUCAAUGGCUGCCAUGACGACCACAAGACCAACAGCGGCAAGGACGCUUCACAGCUGAAGUGUUCCCCGGUGGUCUCUGCAGGACGCAACCCCAAGGCUCUGAACGGCCUCCUCAGCCCUCGACUAGAGGCCCUGAACAACAGCCAAACGUCGCUGUGUGAGAUGCUGCAGGAGAAGGAGAAGAAGACGUGGAGUGGAGGGGUCAUGGGCAUGGACCACACGGCACUCAUCCCUCUGAGAUCCAAGAACUUCAGGGAGAGGAGCGACGCCCACUUUGUCGACGUCAUCAAAGAGGACAGCCUUAUGAAGGACUAUUUCUACAGACCUCCGAUAAACAAACUGAGCCUCACCUUCCUGGAGAGGAGCCUGGAGUCUGCUUACCGGAUAAGCUACCAGGAGGAGGUUGAGACCCAAGCAGCCAUACAGACCUUUGCCAGCCCGACAUUCAGUUCUUUCCUGGACAUGCUGCUGUGCUGCUCAGUGUUUCUGGCUCUCUCGCUGGCUUGUUUCCUCCGGCCGCUUGUCACCCAGCAGAGUCUGUCCACGCCAGCACUCGCACUGACAGCUGUUGCCAUCCUGCUGGAGUCUCUGGCUCUGCUCUUCUCUAUACGCAUGGCUUUCUACCUUGACAGUACACUGAACUGCACUCGGGUGCUGAUGAGAGCGAUCUCAGGCUGGAUAGCUCGUCACUUUAUAGGAGCUGUCCUGGUGUCCGUGCCGGCUGUGGCCGUCUUCUCCCACGUCACCUGUGACAUGCAUCUCUCCAUUCAGUUCACCAUGUUCGUCUGCUGUUCUGUCAUCAUAGCCAUCAUUCAGUACUGUAACUUCUGCCAGCUCGGCUACUGGAUGCGAUCAUCUCUAGCAACAAUGGUGGGACUGGGUCUGCUUGCCUUGCUCUUCAGCUCCCCUUGCAGUGUUGCCAAGAGUCUGUUUUUCUGGUCUGAUAGACAGAACAACAACAGUAACAGCUCAAUUGUCAUGUCUGACAGCCCAGUUGACCCCGACCCACAGCUCAACCCACAGGACCUGCUGGGCCCUGAGGCCUGCGUGGCUUUUUUUCUUCUUCUACUACUGGUCUGGUUCCUCAACCGUGAAUUUGAGGUCAGUCACCGACUCCAUUACCAUGGUAACGUGGAAGCUGAUCAGCACCGCAUCAAGAUCCAGAACAUGAGGGACCAGGCCGACUGGCUGCUUCGCAAUAUCAUCCCCAUCCAUGUGGCCGAGCAGCUAAAGGUCACCCAGAGCUACUCAAAGAACCACGACAAUGUGGGUGUCAUAUUUGCCAGCAUUGUUAACUUCAGUGAGUUUUAUGAGGAAAGCUACGAGGGAGGCAAGGAGUGCUACCGGGUCCUCAAUGAACUAAUCGGUGACUUUGACGAGCUGUUACGGAAGCCUGCCUUCAGUAACAUCGAAAAGAUCAAGACCAUCGGUGCUACGUACAUGGCAGCGGCAGGUCUCAAUGCGCAGCAGUGUGCAGAUGCGGCACAUCCUCACGCCCACCUCCGUGCUCUUUUUGAAUUUGCACUGGAAAUGAUGCACGUAGUGGAUGACUUCAACAAGAACAUGCUGGGAUUUGGAUUCAAGCUCCGCAUUGGAUUCAACCAUGGCCCUCUAACAGCAGGGGUGAUUGGCACCACUAAGCUUCUCUAUGAUAUCUGGGGCGACACGGUCAACAUCGCCAGUCGCAUGGAUACAACAGGUGUGGAGUGUCGCGUCCAGGUCAGCGAGGAGAGUUACUGUGUGCUCAGUGGCAUGGAUUAUGAGUUUGAUUACCGAGGCACGGUAAAUGUCAAAGGCAAAGGUCAGAUGAAGACCUUCCUUUACCCUAAGAGCAGUGACAGUGGCCCUGUGCCCCAGUACCAACUCUCAGUCUCACCAGAGAUCCGGGCACAAGUAGAUGGUAGCAUUGGGCGCUCGCCCACCGAUGAAAUUGCCAGCAUGGUGCCCACAACCAGCAUGACCGCAUGCAGUACCAACACUAUUGUACCCAGUGCCAGCAGUGGUUCCUCUACAACCACAGGGCUUAGUCAAGAGAAAGAGGCGGGCAGCCGCGAGCGACGCCCCUCUACUGAGGUCUCUCAUGCCAGACGAUCUAUGUCUCACAGCGGCCUGACAUCUGUACCUGUUACCAAUCUAGACGGACCUCCUGCAAACAACACACAGCUCAAUAUCUCAUGCUCAGUCCAGCAGAAUACACCACAAACUUCAACCAAGUCCCCGAAAGACAUCAAGCAGAACCAAUACGAGGAUGACCGUAACGCCGGAGAGUUGACCAGACUUUAAGAAUUUGCUUCAGUAAAUCAUCUACCCUUUAAGCUCUUGUUCCUGCCAGUUGGCACUUGUAGAAUCUCUGUACAUUUGGUACUGUAAAAUCAUCUACAGGCUUCAUCUCCGCAGGUUGCUUUUAGUGAUAUAUCUGAUUGGCUGAUGUCAUCACUGGAGGGUGCUGGGUAGACUACAAAGAGAGUGUCGGGCAGGAACGGAGAGAACAUGGGAGGGUGUGAUGGCUGACUGUGAAUCUUCUCCUGCCUGCUACAUAUGCCAUCGUCUCCCAAUAACUUACUUGAUUAUCUUUACACCUUUAAUCUUGAUUAUUUCUUUCAUAUGUCUUUUUAAGUGCCUCUAGAAUAGAAGAAUGUGUAGACUAAGCAUUUUUUGAGUAAGAAAAGAAUAGCAUAAAGGGAAAACUGUAAACUAGAAAAACCUUUCUGAAAAAUAAAUGCUUCGCUUUUGUUAAGAUUUUAAUUUGUAAACUGUGUUUUUGCUAUGAUAUUUUGCCUUUUAUCAACAAAGAGCUCACAAAGCUGAGCUUACAUAUGGAAAAUGUUACAGUGUGAACAUCACUCCAGGAGAUGUAUUUGUAAAAUCUGCACUAAAAUGCAGCGGAGACUGUUUCCAUGUUCCUUCAUGGAGGCCAGAACACUCACCAUGCGAUGCACAACAUUGACUAAUCGACACGGGCGACAGUGUGUGUGAGUGGGUGCUUGUGUAGCAGGAUCAUGCGUGAGUCUAAUGAGGAGAGGUGCCGGUGACAGUGCGAGAUGACAAACACUUCAGGAACGCCGGUGUUGCUGAGGUUGAUAUCUUUGUUUUUGCCUCGGUGGUCUCAACCCCUCUAAAUCUGCAUGCUUGCAACAACAGCACCAUAGAUGAGACUGACGACGACAAGUAUCUGUGCCCUCCCCCAUGAUCCAGGCUGUGGUGGGGAGCCAGGUUGUGUUGUGUAGUGGUGAUGAGUAUUUAAUGGACCCUCAGCUGUGACUUUUGAUUGAUUCCAGACAACAACUGCUCGAGGUUCGCUUUGGUUUACACUGUGUGUUAGCUGAUAGUGCUUUUAAGACGUGGAUAAUCAAAGUGGAAUGCUGCAAAUCAAAACUAAAUGUGUUUCGUUGUAUUUGUUGUGACACAAAACUUGAACUCUUAUUGUGAAGCUGCCCUCUCUAUGUGUAUUUUCUAUGAUUUGAUAGGUGUUAUCGGCCACAGUCAGCUGGGUGCAUUAGUCGCUUCAGUCUCGCAAUGGCAUGAAACUUAAUGUAUUAGCACUGUAAAGGCAAAGGCACCAAAUGUAUUUCCUAUGACUCCAUAAUUGUUUUUACUCUUUUUCUUUGACUUAAUUGUAUUCAUGUUGAGGAAAUCAAACUAGACUAAACUACACAUCUCUUGCUGUUACAUUUUCUCUCUGUUCGUUUUUUAGCAGAAAGGAUUGUGUGCUCAGAGGCAAAAAAGUAUAACAAUGAAAUCCACUUCAGUGACUUAUUUUUUUUGAAUAAUUAGAAUCUCCUGAACAGCACAUUAACAACCUCAUUUUUUUUUAAAUGACUUUUUCACAAUCAUCACUUUUGAAUAAUAAAGCAAAUAAGGUUAAUACUGCAGAACAACAAAAACAAAUUGCUUGCUUCUAUCAAGCCGCUUUUAACAUAACCUAAUAGUUAAAUUAGUUGUUGAUGUGUGAAAUUAGGGAAGCUUGUGCCUUUUUAACUCAUUUUUUAUUUUUACCAUCACCUCUGAAUUGAUUUUUAUUUCUGAAAAAGCUUACAUUAUAUGGAAAUGUUUACUUUUGUGCUUAACGGUCAUAACUUUUGAGCUGUGCCUUUCCUUCAUAUAGACAAUUCAUUGUAAAUGUACCAAAUGUAUUCUACAUUAGCUGGACUUAUUGCAUUUGUUGUAUUUCUUUGUGUAUUUCAUUUUGUACUGUAUUUAUUUUGUCUGAUGAUGGUUAGUGGUUGAUGUAAAUGCAAUAACAAGAGCUGAACAUCACUGAUUUAUGAGGGAAAAUAAGCUUCUUCUCGCUCAUGGGCACUUGAACAAGCCCAAAAUCUGUGUAUGUUUUGCUAUAAUAAAGGGACACUAAUGAUAAUUGUUUUUGUUUAAAAAAGGGUAAGUUCUUAAUAGAGGUCUUCAUACUUGAGUGUCAGGUAAGGCGCAUAAGCUAAAUUUCUUUUUUGUUCUUGGUAAUAUUGUUUGCUGUAUUCGAAUAAUGUGUUUUUGUUAAAUAUGAAAUUGUUUUUCUUGAUUAGUGUUGUUUGCGACACUGAUGUUAACUUACAUGUUUGAUCGCUUCUUGUCUCUAUUUAACUUUCAUUGCAAAAAUGAUCUUUUCGAUUGAUUGGGUUGGAUUUAUUGAGAUGUAAGUGACAUUCUGAACCAGGAGAAUGACACACGGGGGAAAACUUUGAUGCCAAAGAGUGUCAUGACCAUCUCAUGAACUUUCUUUGUAUGUUACAUCUCAACUUCUAUCUAAUUUGCAGGUUGUGUUGUGCACGUUCAAGAAAGGUUGUUUAUAUAUUCACUGUAACAACACAUUUGCACAAGGCACUCAUUUUUUAUGUACAGUAUGCCUUUAUAUUGUAUAGUAUCUGAGCGUUUUCUAUUAUUUAUAUCGGCGCAUGUACUAGAGUAUUAAAUAGUCUAAAGAACUGGGUAAUUUGAACAAUGUUGGAAUAAUAUUUGUGUAUGCUGUUAGCCUGCAUUUGUGUAAAAAUGUACGAGUGUUUGUAAAACUGUGUGGUUGUGUGUGUUUUGGAAGGGAUGCUCUAAUCUUAGCAGGAAUUUUAGUGAAACUUGUCAAUUAAAAAUGUAUGACACGCUAGGACAGUAAGGCUUCAAUCAAUACAGAUUUCCCUUUUUAAAUCAAACAGGCCAAAUGAAAAAGAAUAGGCACUAUAAGAUGUCUGCCGGUAGGCAGCGUCUCAGCAGCCCAUGGGCAAGUUUUUAUGAAUCAUUGCUUUCUCUGGAAAUGUUUUUUUGUAUAUAGCACGCUAAUAGUUAUGCAAGUGAAGGUUAAAAUUGAAUAAAGUCAGUUGCUGGGAAACGUCGUCUGGUUGAAUUUAUAGCCUGCACACUACAUUCAGUUAUGUCCUCAAAGAACAUCGAGGUACUUGUACUGGAUUUUACCUGUUGUGUACUGUAU